GCGUGUGUCACUGGUUGCUGCCAGACAGUUCGCAACCUCUUGCGUGAGGGCGCCGAUGUCAACUUCACGUGGGAGGGUUGCAUCAAGGAUGCACAGCUGUGUGGCCGGCAUACUGCUCUCUCCAUUGCAGCGGCAUUGUCUACUCCAGAAAUCAUCGAGGAGCUUCUAGCAGCUGGUGCGAAGCCCGACAUCUCAAACGACAAGCUUGGGAACACUCCUCUAGGAAUGGCCGCACUUUUCGGCAACCAUGCAGUGAUUCCCGCACUGGUGGAGGAGGGGCACGAAGAGGUUCACAGAGGCAAUUACCUGGGCCAUGCACCAAUCGUGUUGGCCGUGACGACGCAGAACGCGCAGGUCACCGACCGGCUGUUGCGGCUGAAAGCCGACCC